UAUAAAAACAAGUAUAGAAGCUUAUCCAGAGAAAGAAAGAAAAAUAGUGUACAACGGAGGAGAAUGUUUGUGAUGCCGUUAAUAAUGCAGAUGAUGUGAGAACUUGGAGACUGGUCUUGGCAUUAACAAUAGCGAUAAUGUGAGAACUCGGAGACCCAAUCAUGCAAAUUGUUGGUUAAUACAGUUAUCAGAUGAAAAAAGAACAGAGAUUAAUAGAGACUCCGCUGGAAAACGUAUGCGUUAAGCAAAUUCGAAACCCGUACUCAUGGCGCAUACAUCCGCCGGCAGGAAGUUACGAGGUGGUUUCCUGAACUGACUGAGUAAUUUUGCUUGGUAUGAGCAUGAUUGGUAGAAAGCCCAUUCUCUCUCGUAUCUCGUUGCAUAAAAGCAUGCAACUCCUCUGUCUGGUGGACUAUGUCGGCCUCAAAUACUUGGCUCCCAUUUCUGGCAUAAACCCACUUCAGAGACCUGCAUGAGCAUGGGGAUUAUCAAGUGCCUUCUAGUCGCACUCUGUAUAUGGGCUUUGUCAGAUUCCUUUGUUUCUACAACUUCCUCUGAUGGGUUGAUGAGAAUUGGUCUAAAGAAGCGUUCUUUAGACCUUCAGAGUAUAAAUGCUGCAAAAAUCACCAGUAGAGAGGUUUUUCAUCCUAGAGGUUCUGGGGAUACGAAUAGUGAUUUUAAUGAUGUGAAUGCAGAUAUAAUAUAUCUAAAGAAUUAUCUUGAUACCCAAUAUUAUGGAGAGAUUAGUAUUGGUACUCCCCGGCAAACCUUUACUGUUGUCUUUGAUACUGGUAGCUCCAAUCUUUGGGUUCCAUCUUCAAAAUGCAUCCUUUCUGAUGACCUUAUGCAGAUUGCUUGCUAUACCCAUUCUAAGUACAGGGCCAGGCUAUCCCAUACCUAUACUAAGAUUGGAAUACAUUGCAAAAUCCCUUAUGGUUCUGGUUCCCUUUCCGGCUUCUUCAGCCAAGAUCAUGUCAAAGUUGGAGACUUUCUCAUUAAAAAUCAAGAAUUCGUUGAGGUUACAAGGGAAGGAUUUUUAACAUUCUUAGGUACAGAGUUUGAUGGAGUACUUGGACUUGGGUUUUCAGAUACAGCUGCCCGGCAAGUCACGCCAGUGUGGUAUAAUAUGUUUUUACAACAUCACGUAAGCCAGAAAAUUUUCUCUUUCUGGCUGAAUCGAGAUCCAACAGCAAAAUUGGGAGGUGAGAUUGUCUUUGGAGGUAUUGAUUGGAGGCACUUUAGGGGUGACCAUACUUAUGUCCCCUUGAUUCGCAGGGGUUACUGGCAGAUUCAGGUGGGAGACAUUCUUAUUGAAAACUAUUCAACAGGAUUAUGCAAGGGUGGAUGUACUGCCAUUGUGGAUUCAGGGACAGCAUUACUUGCGGGUCCAACUGCUAUUGUCACUCAAAUCAACCAUGCCAUUGGAGCAGCAGGAGUCGUGAGCUUGGAAUGUAAAGCUGUCGUUUUUAACUAUGGGAAUAUGAUAUGGGAAUACUUAAUAGAAGGGAUACGACCCGAGAUAAUAUGUGUGGAUCUUGGACUCUGUUUUUACAAUGGAUCUCAUCAUGUAAGCCCUGGUAUUGCAUCAAUGGCUCAAAAUCGAACUUGGGAGGGAUCUUCACUUGAUGAGAGUGCUUUCUGUACUUUCUGUGAGAUGAUUGUCUUCUGGGUUGAAGUACAGCUUAAACAAGAGAAAACAAAGGAAAAAGUUUUUAAAUAUGUGAAUGAGUUGUGCGACAGGCUCCCGAAUCCCAUGGGAAAGUCAUUUAUCAACUGCGAUAACGUUGCAUCCAUGCCCUAUAUUUCAUUCACAAUUGGAAACAAAUCCUUCCCUCUCUCCCCAGAGCAGUACACGCUUAGAGUUGAAGAAAGCUGUGCCACUGUCUGCCUUAGUGGGUUUGUUCCUUUUGAUGUGCUUCCUCCUGAAGGUCCCGUCUGGAUUCUUGGAGACAUAUUCUUGGGAGCAUACCACACUGUGUUUGAUUUUGGUAAUCUUAGGAUUGGAUUUGCAAAAUCUGCAUAGGACUGUUUGGUGUUAAAGCUAAGGGAAGCUAUAUGGUAAAGAAUGAUAGGAGGUGCAACAUACAUGACCCAUAUUCAAAUAGUUUAUACAUACCGGCCCUUUGACUUCCAAUGCCUUAGGGCCUUGUAUAAAGGGAAUUGGUAUGUUCAUAAAUAAACGUGAGGGCCUUGUAUAAAGGUAAUUGGUAUGUUCAUACUUCAUAUAUAAGAAAACUUGACAGCCCGAGAGACCUUUUUUUGUUA